UAUUUAGUCAUCAGUAUUACCAUUGAAUAAGAAUAGUGUUUUUAUUCAAUGGUAUUCAUUCAUCAUCAUGUUUUGAAUAUUUGGAAUUUACUCCACCAACCUUAGAUUAAAGUUGUAUAAAUACAUUGUACUUACCUAAAUUGUAACCAGUCUAUACAAAAUGUUUAAGACUGCCUUCUAGAUGGAUAAAGAAACCAGCUAUCACCUUUCUACAGCACUGGAAGAGUUUCUAAUUGGACGAAAUGUAGCAGAAGAUACUCUAAAUUACCUUCGACUACAUAAGAUUGACACGGAUAUUAUUGCUUUAAUGGAUGAAACGGAACUUUCAAAAUUAUUUGCAUCUUAUGGAGAUAGACUUGCUGUUGUAGAUUUUUGUAAACGACAAGUUCAUACAAACAAUCGCAAAAUCAGUUUGUUUGAUCGUCUUCGCAAAAAAGUGUCAAACAAACGCAAACAUAGUAACUCUUACAGCGAAGACGAUGAUUCAAUGCAACCAAGCAGUACAAAACCCCGAAAUGGUAAAAAUACGAGACUCAUAAAACUUGGAUGGUUUCACUACAAUGAAACAUUCAAGGAACCGAAGCAAGUACGAGCAAUUAACGGAGGCGGUAGUAGAGAUGUUCGCGUACCUAAAUAUUACAAUAAACAAGACAUCAUUGACGAAGGAUGCAAUCUAUUUUUCCCUAACGGUACAUCUUCAAAAGGACUAAAGUUGUCCGAUAUGAACACUACCCUAUUAGACUUUUGUGCUAAAGAACUAGAGGAUGAAGUAAUGACCAUUGAACAAAUGUUUCAAACUGCUAAAAUAACGCGACUCCACCUGUAUUUGUGCACUACUCCAAAGAAAAGAAAGGAAGUAUGUGAGACUGUCACAAGUGAAACUGCGGAUACAAGGGGCACCAGCGACACAAUGUAUGGGGAAGUACCAACACAACUUUCUUCUGACCUUACGGAAUUCCAGUGCAGUUACAACAUUGAAGAUUUCCUUUGUUUACCACCGGAUGCAGUGGUUGCAAACGACAGGUUGUUAGCAACACAAAUACAAAACGAAGAGAACGACGGUUUCAUUUUGUCAUUGGAACAGAAUACUGAGAAUACAACUGUUACUCCUGUGAGUCCAACAGCCGAUAUCUCGAUUUGUCUUCAUAGAGGACGGGUAUUUGAAGAGCUAAUAAAUAUAUUUCUGGAGAGAAGAAUGGUCGGUAGUAAAAUACAUGUAACUCUCAUGCUCCCCAAUGGUGAAUUGGAGUGUGCCGAAGAUUUGGGUGGGGUAUGGAGGGAUGCACUUAGCGAGUUUUGGAAUUCCAUGUAUGAAAAAUGCACAAUCGGUACAAACAUUAAAGUUCCCCAACUAAGACACGAUUUUGGAGUAGAAAAAUGGUCAGCAAUCGCCGAAGUAUUAAAACAAGGUUGGAUUACUGACAAGUAUUUUCCCAUCAGAUUAUCGAAAUGUUUCAUGGAAUACACAAUUUUCAAACAAUGUUCUGGAGACGUAACUACUGAUUUUUUUGGUUACAUUAGCGAAGACGACAAACAGUAUUCCGUGAGGCAAUUGGCCAUUUUGAGUCGAUUCCUACGGACGAACUCCUUGAUGUGUUAGGUCGUUACGAUUGUAAAACUCUGGCGAAAGAAGAUAAUAUUAAACAAAUCAUUGACGAACUAGCCCACCAAGAAAUUCUUCAGAAGUCUGCUUUCAUAUCUGAUUGCUUUAAUAAAGUCCUAGUAAAUUUGGUAGAUGUCAACGAAUUUAAUGAAAUUUAUAGAACUAGCAAUCCAACAUCUAGAAACAUACUAGCAGCUUUGUUAUAUGAUGACAACUUGUCCGAGGAAGCAGAAAAAGUAUCUGCUAUGUUAAAGAGAUAUAUACGUGAGGCUCCUGAGAAUAUUCGUAUGGCUUUUCUAAGGUUUGCAACGGGGGCUGACAUCCUUUUGGGUAAUAAAAUAAAAAUUAUAUUUUCCAAAUCUGAUGGUUUCAGCCGUCGACCGAUUGCCCAUACAUGCACAAAUACUUUAGAAGUUCCCGAUUGUUAUGAUAAU